CUCUGGUCUGAAAGCCCCAGCCCAGCCUGGGCCAUCUGUUGCCGGGAUCCUCCUUCUACCCUUUCCCUCCCACCCUCCCCUCCUCCAGCCCCUCCCACACGUGCUGACCACCUGCUCAAAAGGCCACGGCAGCUGAGAAGGCCUGCCCCCGCCCCACACACCUCCCGGGCUCCGCGCUCCCUCGCCUCGGCUCCCGGCAACAUCGCCUUUGCUAAUGGACCGUAAUGCCCCUGCCAGCUGCUUUGCCAAACCCACAGGACUGAGUGGGAGCGGGGGUGCAGUGAUGGCCAGAACAGCAUCCUGGUCCCAGCCCGGCACCCCCACCCCCGAAGCCGAACCGCUCGCGCACUAGGGCGCCAGGGUCUCUUCGUUCCCCCUCCCCUUCCUCGCAAAAAGUGCCUCGUCACCGCUUCUGCCCGCCCCCGCUGGGCUGGGAGAACCGUGGGGUUAGCUGGAAGAUUUGGGUAUGUGGGGCGGCAAAGAGCUUCCCGAAGCAACUCUUUCACGGACGUGGAACAGAAGGGGACCUGAAGUCAAGGUUCACGGAGGGGAAGAGAGCCCACGCCUGGAUAGGCCUAGGGGCGGACCCAGGAGGCCUGAGCAGCAUCUGCCCCCAGCCCCUUGUGGGGCCCCGGGGCCCCCCGAAACCUCCAGGACGGAGCCAGAAGGGGCGGGCACCAUGAAUAAGUUACGGCAGAGCCUGAGACGGCGGAAACCAGCCUACGUGCCCGAGGCUUCGCGCCCCCACCAGUGGCAAGCAGACGAGGACGCUGUGCGCAAGGGCACAUGCAGCUUCCCAGUCCGGUACCUGGGCCACGUGGAGGUGGAGGAGUCCCGGGGGAUGCAUGUGUGUGAAGAUGCCGUGAAGAAGCUGAAGGCGAUGGGCCGGAAGUCUGUGAAGUCUGUCCUUUGGGUGUCAGCCGACGGACUCCGAGUGGUGGAUGACAAGACCAAGGACCUGCUGGUAGACCAGACCAUAGAAAAGGUCUCCUUUUGUGCCCCUGACCGCAACCUGGACAAGGCUUUCUCCUACAUCUGCCGGGAUGGGACCACCCGCCGCUGGAUCUGCCACUGUUUCCUGGCGCUCAAGGACUCUGGCGAGAGGCUGAGCCAUGCCGUGGGCUGUGCCUUCGCUGCCUGCCUGGAGCGGAAACAGCGGCGGGAGAAGGAAUGCGGGGUCACGGCCGCCUUUGAUGCCAGCCGCACCAGCUUUGCCCGCGAAGGGUCCUUCCGCCUGUCGGGUGGCGGACGGCCGACUGAGCGAGAGGCCCCUGAAAAAAAGAAAGCAGAGGCAGCAGCUGCCCCAACUGCAGCUCCUGGCCCUGCACAGCCUGGGCACGUGUCCCCGACACCAGCCACCACAUCUCCCGGUGAGAAGGGUGAGGCGGGCACCCCAGUGGCUGCAGGCACCAGUGCGGCCGCCAUCCCCCGACGCCAUGCCCCACUGGAACAGCUGGUUCGCCAGGGCUCCUUCCGCGGGUUCCCGGCACUCAGCCAGAAGAACUCACCUUUCAAACGGCAGCUGAGCCUACGGCUGAACGAGCUGCCAUCCACACUGCAGCGACGCACAGACUUCCAGGUGAAGGGCACAGUGCCCGAGAUGGAGCCUCCCGGUGCCAGUGACAGCGACAGCAUCAACGCCCUGUGCACACAGAUCAGCUCAUCCUUUGCCAGCGCUGGAGCCCCAGCACCUGGGCUGCCACCGGCCGCAGCAGGGACUUCUGCCUGGGGUGAGUCCUCCGUGCCCCCCGCAACUGCCUUCCAGCCUGGGCACAAGCGGACCCCUUCGGAGGCCGAGAGGUGGCUGGAGGAGGUGUCCCAAGUGGCCAAGGCGCAGCAGCAGCAGCAGCAGCAGCAAACAGCAUCCAUGCCCCCUGUGGCCCCCCCUCUGCAGCCCUUCCCUGCCCCCAUGGGGCCUUUCGAUGCGGCACCCGCCCAGGUAGCCGUGUUCCUGCCACCUCCACACAUGCAGCCCCCUUUUGUGCCCGCCUACCCAGGCUUGGGCUACCCGCCCGUGCCCCGGGUGCCUGUGGUGGGCAUCACCCCCUCACAGAUGGUGGCCAACGCCUUCUGCUCUGCCGCCCAGCUCCAGCCCCAGCCCGCCACCCUGCUCGGGAAGGCUGGAGCCUUCCCACCCCCAGCCAUGGCCACUGCCCCUGGGGGCCAGGCCCGCCCACGUCCCAAUGGGGCACCAUGGCCCCCAGAGUCGGCCCCUGCCCCGGCCCCUGAGUUGGACCCCUUUGAGGCCCAGUGGGCAGCAUUAGAAGGCAAACCAGCUGUUGAAAAACCUUCCAACCCCUUCUCCGGCGACCUGCAGAAGACCUUCGAGAUUGAACUGUAGCUCGACCCGCCCUGCCCGUCCCAGCAUCCCUGAGUGCCCCACAUCUGGGCAUGGAGGCCCAGCCUCUCUUCCUAGUCCCAUACCCUGGGGCUGUGCCUCCCAACACCCCCUCCAGCCCCUUGAUCACCCCCGACAACCACUACAGAACUGACAUUGUACGCCCAGAUUGCGACAGGAUGGAAUUCAGGGAUGGACCCGGCCUGGCUAAGGGACCCAUUUCACUGCCACACUUAGGCUGGCAAUGCCCUCCCCCACCCCACAACACAGUGGGAUGGCCACAGUCCCACUGAGUGCCCUCAGUUCAAGCAACAUUUCCCAGUUUCUGUUGUUGACCUUCCACCUUCCAGUGUCGGGUGGGAUGGAAAAGGGAUGCCCGCCUCGGGGCUCUUCUGGGCGCACUAGGGCCCACCCCGUCUGGUCAUCCCCUUCCAUACACAGCACAAGCAAAGGGCUUCCCUCUGCCCACCUGCUGCGUUCACUGCCAAUGCUGUGCUCACCCCGAUCACCCCUCUCCCCCACUUGGGGGGGCCCACAUCUUCCCUGGGCCAAGGUCUCAUGGGGGUGGGGGCCAAGUUGGGGGCCCAGGAGGCGGGGUAGGGGGAAGGGGAAGGAGAUGCUCAGUUACCUCACGUCAGUGCCCGCUGGGGAGGGGUCUGGGACAAGGAGCGGGGGGUGCCUGGCGGGUACUUUUCUAUCUUUUAUUUCCAGAUUUUUUUGUAUCUAAACUUACAGAUUUGUAUUAUACAAGGACAGCCAAUAAAGGAAGAAUAUAAUGA